AUGCCACCUAGAGGCCAGGCUCGGAAAAAACUUCAACCUUCCCCACCCAGAUUAGGGGGUCAAGUCACCUCACGCCGGACACGAUCUGGAAGAAAUUUCGCCCCUGAAUCAACUGAUGUUUUGGGGCAGCAGGAGAACGAUGAUUCAUCUUCUCGAUUGCGGACCCCUCGGCGAGCAAAGCAAAACCGAGUCACCCAGUCACCUCCACCCCCAGUCGGAGCAAAAGGCCGGAAAAGGAAAGUGCUAGUCGUUGAGAGUGACGAAGAAGAGGAAGUACGCCCUCCUAGGCGGCCGCGUCGGGGCCGCUCUCCAAAACGUCUCACUCAUUGUCCCCGGGAUAAGGAUCGGAAUGCGGCAUCGACAACAAGUUUUGAUUUCACUCAGAGUUCUUCAUGUACAGCGCCGCCUGUUGUCACUUUCCCCUGGGGAUUUUCCAUACCCAUCGCCGAACUCACUCAGGCUGACAAGACUCAGCUUCAAUUCAGUCGAGUAUCUGAGGCCGAUUUAGCAAAGGUUCUUACGCGCAUCGGAUGUAGCGUGGCAGGUCAAAGCAAGACCCAAUUAGUCCAACUUUGUAUUGCUUACGCCUUAACCAUUCAGCUGCCGCCGCUGGAACCGACCUUGCCAACUGAACCUAGUCAACAUCAACCCAACGAUUUGCCACUUGAACCUAACCAACAUCAACCGAUCGAAUCAGAUCCACAGCACCAACGCCGUAGCUCAAGCGCUGAUCCAAUCAACCACUCCGAUCCGGAACUUCAGACGCCUAAAGCCUCUGGAUCAAGAGAAACAGAUCUGAUUCAACUCAAAACUCCGGUCUGCCGUCCCAACCAAGUUCCUUCUUGUACCAACCGAGUUCCAAAUCAAAGUACCAUCAACAUCAAUUUUUCGAGCAAUGCCCUCUCAGACCGUCAAAUAUCAAGUGAAGCUACUCCCCGAGGUACACUCCCAGACGAUUAUGACGAAAUUGUUCCGGCCAUACCUUUGCCAAUGCCUCAAACUUCAGAUGCUCCAAUGACUGAUAGGGACGAUUUUAAAACUGUACAUACCGAAAAAUUAUCACUGAUUCAAGACGACAUCGCAUCUGCCGCUGAAAACUAUCGAGACAUCAUGGAAAAACUGGACGGCUUGCACGAUAAAGUAGACCACCAAGCCACACGAAGGACCCGUGAAAAACAAACUUCGACCAUCGACCCAUCCACUGUCUCUCGUUCUGGAAAGUUUAAAAAACUUAUAGGUCUUCUGUUUGAAUCUCUCUUUGGCUUGCCUGAGGGUGCAAUUUUACCCCCCCCUCCCCCUACUGCUCGCGAGAAAAAAAGUUGGCUGCGAGGCGUUGCCGCAUCAACACGAGACAACCCCGAACCUGAUACUCACUCCGACUCCGAAGCCUCCGAGACGAAUUCCAAUAGCAGUGAAGACAUUUCAGAUCCUCAUUUUCCGUAUCGUCGUACCGGAGGUCCUGGGCAUGUCUCCGCCUCCCAAGAACAGCUGAAGAUCAUGCAUGACAUGAUGAAAGAAAAAGGGAUGCGGCGAUUCCGUUUUGACUUCAAUUUAGCAUUAUCUGCGCCAGAAAAUCGACUUUGUUUAAAUCUGGCCAAGGACAUUUUUGUUUGCUUAGCAGAAUGCGACGAGUACGACGGGCUUCGGCCUGAGGAAAAAGACCCAGGUGUAGUUCUUUAUCAUCUCACAACUUAUGUCAAGGAACGUUAUGCGCGAAAGGUCAGGGCCGCGAAUAGUUGGACACCAGAUGAGCAGACAAAGAAUACCAACAUUGUAAAAAGAAAUGCUCGACGAACAAAUCUUAAAGCCGCUCGCCUAGAAUCUGCUAUAGAGAUUGGGGGCUUGAAUCACUUUCUCCCGGUUAUCAAAAAUGCUUGCAGUGACGACGAAACAGACGACGAAGCACUGUCGGCCGCCCCUGUCGCCAGUACUUCAAGAAGGGUUUCAGCUGGUACGAAAAGACACACGAAGAAGUUUUGCAAAGUUCGGCGGCUUCCAUGGCGCAGUCAAGCAUUGACGGAAGCCUUUGUCGCUCUGGAUGAGUACCGCGACAGAAAGAAAGGAGGACAUCUCACAUCUGCCAAAGGGGAUUGGCUUCAACUCCAAGACCCUGUUUUUCUCAACUCACUCGAAGUUAACACCUCGUCCGACUUCCCUAUCAAAUCCAUCUUAAAUCAAAUUAAAAGAUCGUUCCGGUAA